AUGUCGUGGCAAGAAUAUGUUGAUAACCAGCUUAUUGCAACUGGAAAAAUUUCGAAAGCAGCCAUUUAUGGUCAUAAUGGCUCAUUGUGGGCCACUUCUCAAGGGUUUUCCCUGAGUCCUGAAGAAGUUUCUUCUCUCGUGGAGGCAUUUAACAAUGCUGAAAAAAUUCAGGCUAACGGGAUAUUCUGCAACGGCCAAAAAUAUUUUGCCCUUAGCCAUGAUGAAUCAAAUAUUCACGGUAAAAAGGGUCAGGAGGGUGUCGUUGCAGUGAAGACAACCCAAGCUCUUAUCGUUGGCCUUUACCCUGAGGGUAUCGCUCCGGGUGCAGCAAACUCAGUAGUCGUAAAAUUAGGGGAAUAUCUGACUAAUCUAGGCUACUAA